UCGAGGGCCACAUUCAUGGUUGCUGCUAAGAUUUCUUACACAAACAAAGAUAAACUCGGGUUCUCACCAGAAGAAGCUGUCUCGGCUUCCAAGUAUUUGAAUUUCAAGACCCCUGAUAAACCCGACUCUGUGGUGUCGUUCUUGAAAGAUCAUGGCUUUACAGACAGGCAGAUCUUGAAUGUUGUCAAAAAGGUACCUUCUCUUAUUGUGAGUGAUCCCAAAAGGACCCUUUUGCCCAAGAUUGAAUUUUCCCGGACUUUGGGCUUCUCACAGGACACUGUCACUACUAUACUAAGUGCAAGUCCCACUCUUUUUAAGAGCAGUGUGGAUAACUGUCUUGUGCCAGCCUUGAAUUUGCUUAGGACUAUGAUUCCCGAAGAACAAGCAUUGAUGACUUCCUUGAAGAGCUGUAUUCGCCUCCUUACUCACGAUCUCAAGGUUAAUUGGGAACCUAAUAUUCAGCUCUUAAGAGAGACUGGAGUUCCGGAGUCUAAUAUAGUUUACUUGUUGAAAUACCAGCCUAGGGCGUUCUUGUAUGACAGAGAUAAGUUUAGGAAGCUUGUGGAGAAAGUGAAGGAAUUAGAGGUUGACAGGAAACACGUAAGCUUUGUUAUUGUACUUAAGGCGAUGAGGAUGGGCAGAUUGACUUGGGAAAAGAAGAUGGAGAUCUUUAAGAACGCGGGCAUGUCUGAAGAUGAGGUUUUGGAGUCUUUUAGGAAGUAUCCUUGGUUGAUGAUGAUUUCUCAGGAGAAGCUUGUGAGGCUCUUGGAUUUUCUCGUCAAUAAAAUGGGCUUGGAAUCCUCAAUUCUUUUAAGAAGACCGCAACUCAGUUCGUUUAGUUUGGAGAAGAGGAUUAUUCCUAGAUGUGUAGUUUAUAAAGCUCUGGUGGAAAGGGGUCUGGUCAAGGAGGAUGGCAGCCUGUUACUUCACAUUUUGAAUGCUACUGAACAUAAAUUUCUUCAAAAGUUUGUGAAAUGUCAUGGGGAGCUUGCUCCCAUACUGCUAAAGAUAUAUCAGAAUUCACAAGAAGUAGGCUUUUCCCAAUUAUCUUGAGAUUUAGUUUAAUGUUUUUUGGUUCUUUUUUUAAGUGUUGUAAAAGCAUUCAAGAUUGCUUUUUGGAUGAUAAUUAGCAUCAUUGGAUUCUAAUUCGGGAAUUUAUUAUAGUGUCUGCUGCUUCCUCUUCUCUUUAUC